AUGUCUACAAUUGCACAGUGUGUUUCUGGUUACGGCCAAGGAACGGAUACAACUGCCGUGCUUACAAAUCGAUCGAAAUACAUCACUAUUAUUGGAGACGAGCCAUAUUACUCUCGCCAUUCGAGAACUUUUCCGUCGGCGAGACACAGAAAGGGAACAAGACCAAUGCAUACAACAACGCUUACAUAUGAAGUGAAACCAAUUCAGACCUCAUAUGUCAGCUGUAUGAAAGCGGUGAGUAAAUAUUUCCUUUUAUUAAUAUAGUUAAACAGCUGUCUUGUGUUUGAAUUUCGAUCGCAUGAUGUUGAAGAUGUGCGAGGCGGGAAGACAUACAACAAUUAAGUUAAGAAGUGUUUGAUCUUGAAACUGAACUAUCAAUCAGUCAUUCUUGAACAGUCUUACAUUUCCGCCAGCAUUUAUUGUACCCUUCCUUUCAAAAAGGAAAAUUUGAUGACUUUAUUGCUCAGUUAUUAACACUCAACAAUAUCCGGUUUCGUGACUGUAUGGAAUAUUGUUGGAGAGUCGAUUCGCCAGAUGGCAGUUCGCCCAGACUAAGUCGAUUCACCCUAUGUGUAUAAAACGAUAUCGCCAAACAAGAAUCGGUUUGUUUAAAUUACAGUCCAUCAAUAUUCCAUUUGCGAAAUGAUCGAGCUUGGCAACAAAGUAUGAUUAUUUGAACACGGCCUCCAUGAAAAGCAGUUUUUAUUUUUUAUAUUUUGUACCUGUUUUUGUUUGUAGUUAGGAAGAUAGCCAGAUACUUGGGUUAAUUUUUGCUGGGUCUUGCCCCUAGCCUCUCAGAACCCUAACCCCGUUAUACUCUAUUCUGUGGCCAAACAUAGAACCCAUCCUAGUUACAACUGGGAAACUGUAAUUUUGAUGAUCCCACUUAGUAACUUUCUGUUUAUGAAUUGACUUUAUAAAGCCUUUUAACUAGGUCAUCUUGAGAUGAAUUGACACAUCGGUUAAACUUAAUGAAGUAAAAAUAUUCCCAUUUUUAAAUCGCUACCUACCUGAAUUUUUUGAUUCCCCAAAUCCCAAAAAUGUGCGAUCCCAUUCUAGUUACUGUAAUGAAAAUGUAACUCCAUUAUAGUCAGUCCAGCCGUGAAGAUGCAACCCCAUCCAGCGGCAAAUCCCCAUUAUCCUAUUAUUAGGAAGGGGGCGUUCCUACAGGCUGAGUCCUCUGCAGGCUCGUAUUAUUCUCUUUUGGACACUAAGAGGUCUCUGUCAGAUAUUAUCUUGUAUUUACACUGUCUGAUCUGUACACUUUUUUAAACAGAAUUUUUCUGGACGUAAGGAUUUGCCACCUGGUCAGAGACCACCAGCGUACCCAUCUCAACACACUUCAAACUUCAGUAUUGGAAUUUUACCUGGACAACAGCUUGACACUCACUCAAGAACAACAUAUGUGAAACAUCAAGUCAGACCGGUAAGUAAAGAUAAUAAAAUGUUAGGGUGGGGUGAAUAGAAGUCAGUAGAUUGGUACCCUGGGAGCUCAUAGCUUCAGCCUUUGGCUGAAGAUACACCAACCAGCGACUAACUCAAAACAUCUCCACUGUACUCCAUUGCCACACACAAGAAAAACCACUGGUACCCAGGGUACCUGCAGGGGUGGUGGGGGAGGGGGAGGCGAGGGGGUACUAAGCCAAUAUUUGGGUAUAGGUUAGGCUGCCAAAGGUUUGAAACCCUGAUCCUGAAUAGGACAAAACCCUCGAUUUUAUAACCUUGUUUAGAACAAAGAAUGUGGACACCGGACUUGCCCAGACUUGCCCGAAAUUGUAUACCCUGUUUAGGACAGACUUGUGCAAAAUUAUACACCCUGUUUAGGGUAAAGAGCCAUAAUCUGUCCAGUGGCACAUCCCCAUAUAGGUCAUAUAAGGGAGUACUUCCCCCCAGGCCAGGGUAGUAGAUUGGAGGAGGAAAAAAAAAAGCCUCAAAUAAGUCAUGUUAGUUUUUGCUAGGGGGGCAGUUUUUAUUUGCUCGGCCUAAAUAAUUAUUAUACUGAAUAACAGUUUGGCUUAAUUAGUGUUAUAGUUGCCUGUGAAGAAAAAGACAAAUAAUUAUUAUAAUCAGCAAACUUACUUAUGGGAUGAUACUUUAACAGGCUGAAGAGGUCCAUGAGGAUAACAUUAGAUGGAACAGUCAAAUGGCUGGAGAGGAUAUGAUUCAAUCAACAAGGCAUCAGGGCUCUCAAGAGGUUUGUAGUUUUGAAUUUGUAGUACAUAAAAAUAUGCAAUGAUGUUUAUCGGUGAUGUUAUCAGUUAUCAGGAAUAAAAACUGUUAUUGACAGUAAGAUUAGAAGAGGUAUGUUAAAAAUUUAGAAUGAUAAAGACAUAACCCGCUAGUUGUUCGGAUCCCUCCGAAAGCCAGGACUUCAAAUAGGCCAAACCUAUCCAAAAAGAUUUCUCAAAGUCCAAAAGAAGUUAAGACACUGUUAAGAAGAUUUCAGAAAUUCUCAAAAAAGGGAACAUUCGAUUCUCGGGCGUCAUUAGGAAAUACAGAAAACGAAAAAACAGUUUGGUAGUUUAUACCGACUUUCUGUGCCAAAAAAAUGUUGAGAAAUACGUUUUGCAGUUUAUCCAAAAUAUGUAUGGUGAAGACUGUGAGAUUACUCUGCAGGGCUUCUGAUAUUUCGCGGAAAAAAAAACAAAAUUUCGCGGCAUUUUCAGGGGCAAAUUCGCGGAAAAAUCGGCCGAUUUCGCGGGAUUUUCGCGGGAAAAAAGUCAAAAUUCGCAGAAAAAUCGGCCGAUUUCACGGGAAAUUUUGGGGGGAAACUUCGCCAAGAAACAAUCAGUAAAAAACAGCCGAUUUCGCUGGAUGUGUUUGGCAAAUUUCGCUAAAAUCGAUCAAUUUUGCGUCGAUAUGACCAGCAUUGUUUAACGUUUUUUUAACAGGGAUAAUCACUUGCUCUUUCAACAACAGUUCGCUCGAGAAAUGAGCAAAUGCUAAAGCUGUUAACAUUAUGGUUAGUGCCCAGUUUUUCGCAACGUUCAUCUAAGACGCCUGGUAGUUUUGAGACUUCGUUUACUCGUUGCAGUGACGAAGUUUCAAGAUAAAUUUGGACGUUUGAGGUGAAUAGCACAGGUCUAAUAGCCAAGAUAACUAUUAAAUGUAUUUUGCCGACAUGCAUUUGGAAAUAUUUCUGGCGGAUUUCGCGGUAUUUCGUGUUUUUUGGGGAAUUUCGCGGGAUUUCGCGGGUCCGCGACCGCGCGAAUUAUCAGAAGCCCUGACUCUGCCUGCAGAUGAAGGACCAUAAAAUAACCACGCACUUUUCAGUUAAGCUUUUUAUGUGGUUUAAGUUCCUUAACGGUAUUUAGGACAUUUAGGGAGUCAUGGGUUCAAAUCCUAGCUGAUUUUACCCAUGCUUGUGAUGUUUGAAUAAACAUUUUCUGGCAGAAAUUAGAACAACCAGGGGUUAUUUUUCCAUCAACAGAUGAACUUUUCCACCACAUAUUACAAGGUUCAUGACCUUCUUGGCAGACAGCGAGGUCCUGGUGUGAAAAGACUUCCACCUAUAAACUACACUUACAACAUCAUUACAGGUAAAGGCAGCAAUCUUCAUGUGACAUUAUUUUAAAGCAGCGUGCAGGACGUCCUGUUUUUUCUACCAGCAUAAUAUAACUCAAGCAAAAUGUUUAGAGAAGAAAGGAAAAAACAGAAACCUACUACAUCAACACGAGCCAAAGGCCUUUUUGAGUGUUCCUCUCAGCAUCUCGUAUUGGCAUGGGUUAUAAUAUAAGGGUCGCGAAAUGGAAUAGGUUUUUCAUGAACCAGGGUUUUAAAGACAAAUGGGGGCGAGAUUCAGGAUUAAUUCUACUACACAGUAAUUUUUAAGGAGUUAUCAUAACUCCAAAAAUGGAGAAAAAAUUUUAGGUACAGGAUAAGUCCUUUCUUGGGUUAUUUUUAACUCCAAAUCUGGGGCGAUUUUUACUCCUGCAAAAGAGUUCUUUAAACUCCUUUUUGGAGUUAAAAUAACUCCCAAACAAAUAACUCCACUGUAAGGUGUUAAAUUAACCCCACUAGAGGAGUUAUUAAAGCUCCUUGAAAAUUACUGUGUGCAUGUAUGCCUCGUAUGCUUGGGAUGUGGGAAAUAAUCAUUGGAAUUAUGAGAUUGAGAGAAAAUUUAGGUCGGGAUGACCCUAUAGCACGCCAGUAUUAAAAAGAAACAAGUAAAUGAAAAGUAGGAGCAAGGAUUUUUGAACCUUUUCUAUGAAUUUAAUGGUAAAACAACCAUGUUUUUUGUUAUACAAUCAGAGCGCGUGAAGUCUCUGUGUUCUCAUAAAUCGUUGUCUUCUAAGCCAUAAUCAAUAGUCACACUCCUUUUUUUCGUUGUUUUACUUUUGAAUGAUAGAGGAAAGAUAUCCACUUUCUUGCAGGUGAACCCCUUACCAGACAGAUGGGUGAUGACUACAGGCUUACUUCAGGAAACAGGAUUCUAAACGAAGCUCGACAAAAUGACAGAGGACAGUUCCUUCUGGGAUGAUUGUAAUAGAUCUAGAGGUUCUCAGACAUUAUGGACAGUUCUUCCUUCAAAACUUUUAGAAUUAUUUUCUCUUAUGACGGAAAUCACUAUAAACUUAAGAAGUAUGCCGAAUUGAAACUUAUAACUGUAUAAGUGAAAUGCAAAUUUCAAGACUCAUGAUCAUAAGGUAAUAUAAGAGAGUUUUUCUCUUGGGUAAUAAUAUUUUUGCUAUGCUCAAUGGAGCUCUAAAGACAAUUUCAAUAAUUUUUGGUCAUGUAGGGCACUGGAAUGUACCCCAUUUUGUAUGUUAAUUUAUUUUCCAAGAAAUGUAGUUUGCAGAAAAAUUAUAAUAUUGGUUACAACCCCAGCUUGUUCUGUUUGUUUGCGACCCUGUAAGGCUUGUUGUUAAAACUUAUCUGUGACCUUUGGUGGUAACUGGGAAGUUUCUUCUAACAUUAUGAACAGCAUUCACUGAUUUGCACUUUUUUACUGUGAGCACCGCAAUGGACAAAAAAAAAAUUAAUAGCACACAUCACAGAUUACAAAGAGAGUGAAUUCCCACAAAAAGUGUUUCAAAUUAAAUUACUUUACUACUCUUGUUCUGACCUGUUAUUUUCUUUAUCGCAAAACAUAAUGUCAC